AUGCAUGAAAGGCAGCGUUUGGAAGAAAAACGGGAUUUGUGCGACCCUAAUUCUCUGCUUUCGGCGAGAGACACUCAUCAUGAGCAUGAGACAGAUAUGGAUCCCGUUCUCUUCAACGACCUCGUUCAGAUUGUCCCUCUAGUGCAAUCCUUCAUCGAUGGUGAAGAGAGAAGUUCAUUCACCCGUCAGGGUUCCAUGGUAUACACGAAGAGACCUUCAAGGAAGUCGCUUUUGAAAAUUAGGUUUGAUAUGAGAAAAGGACAGAAAGAUGAGCGCGUCAUAUUGAAGGAGAAGGUAGAGGAGCUGCAAAAGAAAAUAUUGGAGAAAGAUCAACUCAUAGAGUUGGGAGAAAACACAAAGAAACCGAUGAAAGCUCUUGAACAAAAACUUGAUGAACUGAAACACCAGGCUUCAGAAAAGGACUCUUUACUGAAGUCCACAAAACAACAACUCUUUGAUGUGAAGAUUGAGCUUGCUGAUAAACAAGCGGCUAUUGAAAAGAUACAGUGGGAAACAAUGACAUCUAACAAGAAAAUGGAGAAAUUGCAUGAACAGCUAGAUUCCAUGCAAGAAGAUAUUUCAUCAUUUACAUUGUUGCUUAAAGGCUUGACGAUUCCUGACCCAGCUGAACAAGCCGAUCAUUAUGAUAUUAAGCCAUAUGAGUUCAAUCAUUUGCCUAGUAUAGAUGAUUUGGACGAGAUGGAAAUGCAGAAAAUGGAAGAAGCUAGAAAAAAAUAUAUUGCUGCUGUUAUUGCUGCAAAGGAAAAACAAGAUGAAGAAUAUCUUGCCACUGUUGUCAAUGAAAGGUUACAACUUCAGUCAAUUCUUUUCAAGUAA